AUGAUGUAUUCUGACCAAAAUGCUUAUAAUGCUUACCCACUGGAUACUAAUCAAAUGCAGUCAGCAAAUCAAAAUACUUCUGAAAUUAAUCCAUACUGGAAUACGAAUACGUUACCACAGCAUAACCCAUAUGCACAACUUACCCUACCAACCAUGGCAACCACUUAUAAUGGUGGAUUGUUAGCGAUGCCUUCAUCAAAUACAGAAGAUGAUUAUUCAAGGUCGUUAUCAGCUGUUACAUCGUCGUCUUAUGCUGUUCCAGUAUCUGCAUCGAACGCUCCAUCUGGAGGCGAUGUGGUUGAAAUUGGAAAGAAUACAAGUACUACAGUAGACGAUGCAAGUGCGGUACAGCCACAAGCAGCUAUCCCUUCUGCUAUUGAUGCGUAUGGUGGUUUACCAAUGUCACCUUCGACAACGACCAACCUGACAGCGACAGCUAAUGCCAUGCAACAACAUGUAGCUGCAGUGGCUGCAGCGGGAGUGUCAUCUCGUGAGCACUUCGUUGAUUACAAUAUGAUAAGUAACUUGAAUUCGACUACACCCACUAAUAUGCCUUCUUCAUCGUCAAUCAUUGGUGGUGGCAUGAGUAGUAACAGCAGCACUUCAUCGAGGAUGAGCUCGAAGAAACGUUCCAAAAGUGUUAAACUUGAUUCUGAUGACGAUGCUAGAUCGAACGAAGACAGAGAAGCUGAUCGACGAUCGGCGAAUAAUGCUAGAGAAAGAAUUCGAGUGAAAGAUAUCAAUAUGGCGUUCAAAGAAUUGGGGAAAAUGUGCGCACAACAUAUGCAACAAGGAGCUGAUAAAACUCAAACAAAAUUGGGUGUUUUACAUCAGGCAGUUGCGGUCAUAACAGGACUCGAAGAGCAGGCUAGCAUAUUAGUUCGACAAAGGAAUUUGAAUCCAAAAGCAGCUUGUCUUAAAAGGCGAGAAGAAGAAAAAACUGUUCCCACGUAA